AUGAUAGAUGAAGAACAGAAGACUAACGAUCGAGAGAGAAGCGAAAAGAAGGACGAGGAUGAGAAUGAGGACCAGGAGAACGAGGACGGGGAUGAAGAUGAGGAACAGAAGAAAGAGGAAGAGACGAACAAGUGGGAACAGAUGAAAAAGGAGGAAGAAGAAGGUAUAGAUGAGGAAGAGGUAGACGAAGAAGAUAAGGAGGAUGAGGAGGAAAAAGGGGAGGAAGGUGACGCAUCCAUAUCUGUGUCCCUGACAGAGGCGGACAUGGAGGUGUUGGAGUUGCUGGCUAAACCUGAGCGUCGAGGCUUCUGUCCGAUACGGGAGGAGAGUGUGGCGCCAAGCGGCAAGGCGUGGCUGUGUCCAGGCGGUAGUCAGCCCGAGCCUUCGCCUGCAGCAGCGGCUGAGCAGCGGCAGCAGCACCUCCGUCUGUCAGAUGGUGGAGCACUUUUCUCAGCGCAUCCAGGAGCAGCAGACCAGUGCUUGGGGCCAUGCCAGGCCCACUUCCUGGCAUGUUGGCUUCACCCAGGCAUCCUUCAGGCCAGCCUGGAUGGGGGCACGAGGAAGCCCAAUCUGGAUGAAUGUCAUCGACAGCGGCUUGUUGGUGGGGAGAAAGGACAGCGCAGCCGCAGAGUUUCACUAACUCCACCACCUGUACCACCACAACCCCCUCGACCUGCGCGCCCUAUGUCUAUCGGCUCCUGGAUACAGCAAGAUUAUGAGCGGGCGUCACAAUUCCAGGAUGUCAACCAAUCCAGCAGCUCAGCCCCACUCCACGCUGACAGACCUUGCAUGAAGGACGCUAUCUUCGAUCUUUCCGACGACGAGGAGCCAGUGUACGCUCUGGACCAAGGGAGGAAAGACCUGGGGCAGGAUGGACCGAGGCAAGAGUUUAUUGAAAAACUGGAGCGGCUUGAGAGCAGCCGCGCCGUGGAGGACACCGGCCACACCGAGAGGUUCUUUAGCGGGGAACUGGAAGGCGUGGUGUCUUACUCGGUGCACGUUGACACUCUGCCGCUGUCCACGCAGGAGGCAGCAACACAAAUACGAGCUUCAGACCGGGAGCGACGCACUACGAGGGACAGGCCUCUCAGCCCUGUUCCAACAUUAGGAGUCGCGGGUCUGAGGUCCAGCAGGAUGCUUCAGGGAACUAGUAAAGACGAGCCUCGCCGAAGAGGACGCCCGCCGCCCAUUGUCUCCAGGAAUCGUGGUAGAACACAGCCAAUCCGUGGGAGCGGCGCUCCAAGCCAACCUAUCAGACCUUGA